AUGGGGCGGAAGCCGGCGGCGGAGGAGCGGCCGGCGGGCAAGGCCGCUAAGCCCAAGGAGAGCAGCACCUCUUCCGCGAAGGACGGCAGGAAGGAGAAGCUAUCGGUCUCUGCUAUGCUCGCUAACAUGGACCAGAAGCCGAAGGGUUCCUCCGCAGCCGCGAAGAAGCCCAAAGGGAAGCCAAAUCCGUCGUCCUAUACCGACGGCCUCGACCUUCCCCCGUCCGACGAGGAAGAGGAAGGAGAGGAGCCCGAUCUCGGCGGAGGAGAGGAGGUGAGGAGUUCCAGGGCUUCCGGUUCGAGAUCUGCGGCGGCGAAGCCGCUGGCGGACCUAUCCGUUGGCCCCUCGACGAAGGAGCUCAAGAAGAGGGAGAAGAAGGAGCAACUUGCCGUCCAGGCCGCCGAGUUUGCUAGGAAGGAGGCUCUCAAGGAUGAUAGGGAUGCCUUCACGGUGGUCGUCGCGAGCAGGGCGUCGACGCUUGAUGACGGAGAGGACGGCGCUGGCGCUGCCGAUGCCAACGUGAGAGACAUCACGGUCGAGAACUUCUCGGUGUCAGCCAGGGGCAAGGAGCUGCUGAAGAAUGCGACCGUGAAGAUUACUCACGGGAAGAGGUACGGCCUGAUCGGUCCCAACGGGAAAGGGAAAUCUACGCUGCUCAAGCUCUUGGCAUGGAGGAAAAUUCCGGUGCCUCGUAAUAUAGACGUUCUCUUGGUUGAGCAGGAAGUCGUGGGCGAUGACAAGUCCGCCCUGGAAGCUGUAGUUUCUGCAAAUGAGGAACUUGUGAGAGUACGCCAGGAAGUGGCGUCCCUUUCUGGAGCUGCUGCUGGCGAUACCGAUGGUGAUGCAGACGAUGAAGCUGGGGAGAGGCUCGCAGAACUUUACGAGAAGCUACAGAUAAUGGGUUCAGAUGCCGCCGAGGCACAGGCCUCCAAAAUCUUGGCUGGACUGGGUUUUACUAAGGAGAUGCAGACCAGAGCAACCCGUUCCUUCAGUGGAGGGUGGAGGAUGAGGAUUUCUCUGGCGAGAGCUCUUUUCAUUCAACCCACUCUGCUCCUGCUCGAUGAGCCUACUAACCAUCUUGAUCUCCGGGCAGUGCUCUGGCUUGAAGAGUAUCUGACACGAUGGAAGAAAACACUGGUCGUCGUCUCCCAUGAUCGGGAUUUUCUAAACACCGUCUGCACUGAUAUUAUUCAUCUCCAUGACUUGAAGCUCCACUUCUACCGGGGCAACUUUGACGAGUUUGAAGUCGGUUACGAGCAGAAGCGGAAGGAGGCGAACAAGAAAUUCGAGACGUACGACAAGCAGGUCAAAGCUGCAAAGAGGUCUGGUAGCAGGGUGCAGCAAGAGAAGGUGAAGGACAAGGCCAAGUUCGUUGCCGCCAAGGAAGCGUCCAAGAACAAAUCAAAGGGAAAGGUGGACAAUGACGAUGAGUUGCAGCCAGAGGCACCAAAGAGGUGGAGGGACUACACCGUGGAGUUUCACUUUCCUGAGCCCACCGAGCUCACUCCUCCUCUCUUGCAGCUCAUAGAAGUCAGCUUCGCAUACCCUAAUAGGCCAGAUUUCAGACUUUCAGAUGUGGAUGUUGGCAUCGACAUGGGAACGCGGGUUGCGAUCGUCGGGCCCAAUGGAGCCGGGAAAUCCACUCUACUGAAUCUACUCGCAGGCGAUCUGCAGCCCACCGAAGGAGAGGUCCGCCGGAGCCAGAAGUUGAGAAUCGGGAGGUAUUCGCAACAUUUUGUAGACUUGCUGACCAUGGAAGAGACGCCAGUCCAGUAUCUCCUCCGCCUUCAUCCUGAUCAAGAAGGUUUCAGCAAGCAGGAGGCCGUUCGCGCCAAGCUGGGGAAGUUCGGGCUCCCCAGCCACAAUCACCUCACUCCGAUCGCCAAGCUCUCUGGAGGUCAGAAGGCCAGGGUUGUGUUCACCUCCAUUUCCAUGUCCAAGCCUCAUAUCCUGCUGCUGGACGAGCCGACGAAUCAUCUGGACAUGCAGAGUAUCGAUGCCCUGGCAGAAGCACUGGAGGAGUUCUCUGGCGGCGUCGUCCUGGUUAGCCAUGAUUCGAGGUUGAUCUCCAGAGUGUGCGAGGAUGAAGAGAAGAGCCAAAUCUGGAUUGUCGAAGACGGGACCGUCAGCAUCUUUGACGGAACCUUUGAGGACUACAAGGACGAUCUCCUCAAACAGAUCAAAGAUGAAGUGGACAACUGA